AUGCUUAAUGCAAACAAAUCAAUAAUCCGACUAGCAACUUAUUCCAUUAGAAAUAGAAUUCAUCAUUUACGAACACUUCAUAGUUUAAAUUAUAUCAAUAGUAGAAUUAACAUACAAGACACAAAUCAUAUCAGACCUACGUGUCCUUGUGGAUCCAAACAAUUCAUGUUGGAAAGCGAAUUAGACCUGGCAUUGAUAGAGUUUCUAGAUAACGACGACCCCUUCAGUGAUAGUGAGAUUAAGGAAUCUGAUGAUCUACUGAAAGGGCAAAGCCAUGUGUAUAAUGGAAGCCCUGUCACGAAAAACCUGAUUUUGCAAAUAGAAAAACAACAGAUUCAAAAAUCACCUAGACCAACUGAGACUAAUAAAAGGAUGCAAAUACGAAAAGAUCCAGACCAGAAUGACAAUGUUGAUGAUGACUCACUAUCGUCGACGUUUGAAUUUAGUGAUAUGGAUGAUGAUUUCAUGGAAGCUCUAAAAGCAGCUGAAGAAAUAACUGGUAAUAACACUAAUUGUAUAAAGAGAACUGCAUCAACUCCGCUAAAGAAACCAAUUGCAAAAUCAAUGAAAAACCUGAGUACACCUUCAAAAUCAGCAGGGAAGAAAUAUUGCAAGUAUAUAAAAACGUCGUCGCCGAGCCCAUCCCAUUACCUAAUCAGGGAAUCUGGUUCUGGUGUUGAUAUACUUGAAGGCUCUCCUAAUAAAGUGCAAGCUGACAACGCAUCGCCAUUCAGAAUUACAUCGUCAUUUUCAUCCCCAUCACAAAUACAAAACCAAGGUGUGGGUGCCAAUCCUGGACCCAAAUCUAAAGCCGAACAAAAUGUCUCAUCUGCCUCACAAUCGUCAUCUCCACCAAUGACCGUAUCCCAAGUGCGUAAUCCAUUCAAGGUGCCUACCCAAUUCCGAAGAAACUACUCAACUCGUCCCAUCACGAAUCAAGGGUCAGAUACCAAGAAGGGGAAUAGUCAUCACACAAUAUUAUUGGCAACACAGAAACCAGGAGUACCUUUUAGCAAUCCAUCUGACCGUAGUUAUCACAAACUUGAGAAAACGGAAGGCAUUAAUGAAGCACAAUCUGAAGCAAAAAAUGUGAAGCCAAUCAUUUUGUCAAAUGAACAAGAAUAUGUAUUGAAACAAGUGCUACUGGGGGUAUCCCUAUUUUACACAGGGUCGGCAGGUACCGGUAAAUCGGUGUUGCUACGAAGUAUAAUCAAAUCUUUACGUGAUAAAUAUCCCAAGGGUGUUGCGGUGACAGCUUCUACCGGUCUAGCUGCUUGUAAUAUUGGAGGUAUUACUCUCCACAGUUUUGCUGGGUUUGGUUUAGGACAAGGUAAAGUCGAAAACUUGAUAAAAAAGAUCAAAAGAAAUAAGAAGGCUUUUACCAGAUGGCGUGAAACAAGGGUUUUGAUAAUUGAUGAAAUUUCCAUGGUUGAUGGACAUUUGUUAAAUAAGUUGAAUGAAAUUGCCAAGAAUCUCAGACGAAAUAAUCGACCAUUCGGUGGAAUUCAACUAGUAGCUUGUGGUGAUUUUUAUCAAUUACCACCGGUCGUCAAAAAGACUGCGCAUGAUGGUACUGAAUUAGAUGAUGUUGAAGUGUUUUUUGCCUUUGAAUCGUCGGCUUGGAAGGAAACUAUUCAGCGAACUAUUACAUUGAAAGAGAUUUUCCGUCAAAAAGGUGAUCAGCGUUUUAUCAAUAUGUUGAAUAAUCUCAGAGAUGGGAAUGUACCUGACGAUACGGCUAGGGAUUUUUGUCGUCUUUCCCGUCCAUUAAAAUGUCCAGAAGGGAUAGUCCCUUCAGAAUUGUAUGCUACUAGGUAUGAAGUAGACAUGGCAAAUUCGAGAAAAUUGAAUACAAUCCAGGGUGAUGUAGUUGUUUAUAACUCAGUUGAUACUGGAAUAUUACCUGAGCCCCAAAAAACACAAGUGCUAACGAACUUUCUUGCGCCUCAAGUGCUAAACUUAAAAGUCGGUGCCCAAGUAAUGUGUAUUAAAAAUUUUGACGAUCAGCUAGUCAAUGGAACCUUGGGAAAAGUAAUUGAUUUUGUUGAUAGGGAUACCUAUAUGAAAUCAGAAUCCAAAGAAAACCCAUCUACAGAGACGUCCGAUGAAGUAUCUGGUUUGAACGAUUAUAUUUUCAAUGAUUUUCAAAAACCCAAGAAAGUUGUCAAAGAGGAUGCACCUAUUGCAGAACAAGUUUUAUUCACGGGUCAGCUUUCACAAAAAGUUGAAGAGGAACUGGAAAGCAGUAAACGUAAAUCAAAAUUAAAAGAUGACUUGAUGAAAGACUACAAAAAUAAGAAAUACCCUUUGGUCAAAUUUUUGUUGCCGGAUGGAAUCACUUUCCGAACGGUUGUUGUUGAGCCAGAGCAAUGGACAACCGAAGACGAAGAUGGUACAGUUUUGGUGUCGCGUAUACAGUUCCCGUUAAUAUUAGCUUGGUCGUUAUCCAUUCACAAGUCUCAGGGGCAAACGUUGUCGAAGGUUGUUGUUGAUAUGAAAAAGAUUUUUGAGAACGGACAAGCAUAUGUGGCAUUAUCUAGAGCGGUAUCGAGAGCAGGGUUGCAAGUUUUAAAUUUCAAUAGAUCGAAAGUUGCAUCGCACCGGAAGGUUAUUGAGUUUUAUAAGAAUUUAUCAAGUCAUGAGAAGGAGAGUCGAAGUGGGCAACAGCGGUUGAAUUUUAUGCAAACCUCAGUAAAGUCUGUUGCAAGGGCACAGAUAUAG